AUGAAGUGGGCCGCGACUUUGGUGCUCGUGGUCCUGGGCUACCUUGUGUACAAGUACGUGCUUAAGGCGCCAUCGGUGGCGGCGGUUCCAGCGGCGAAGAAGAAGGCCAAGAAAAAGAGUGGCAAGAAGAAGAAGGCAGCAACCAGCGACAGCGCCCCUGCGGCGACUCCCUCCGAGAAGGAGGAUUCGACACCCGAAGCGCCGUCAGCUAAUCCAACUGCCACCACAAAAACCAGCGACGACGACGAAGUCUUGGAUUCGUCAUCCGACGACGAAGACGGUCUCUCGGCAGCGCAGAUUUUGGCGCAGAAGCACUUUGGCGCGGCCGCGAUGUGCGGUGCGCAACGCAUGGCGCCAGCAUCCAAGCCGACGUUCCAGUUUGAAGAAGGUCAGCGUGUCCUUGCCCAGUUCCAAAACCAACGCGAGUGGUUCAACGGCACAAUUACCAAGGUGCAACGCGGUAACUUGUACACGGUGCAGUACGACGACGGCGAGAUCGAGUCCAAGGUGCCGAUGGAACGAAUCCGCCUUACAAACGGCGAAGCACCAUGGAGCGAAAACGACGGAGUCUCGUCGUCCGAGUCCGGUGACGCAAAGGGUGACGACGAGUGGGAAGUUGUGAAAGCACCUGCCAAGGUUAAGGGCCAGCGCCCGCCGCCGCCCGCUUCAGCGGAAGAAGCCACAACGGGCUUGACUAAAAAGCAGCGCGAGAGCCGUCGCAGAAAGGAGCGUUUGCGUGAGCAGAAGGAGCUCCUGCGAAGUGAGGCGCAGGAGGGCGGAUUGCAUGCGCGCUGGGGUGGUACCAAGAACAAGUGGACGGCGCCUACCAAGUAA